AUGAAUAUAAAUGUACAAUAUCGUUGUGAUAUUUGUGGUAACACACAACCCAAAGGAGAUAAAUGUCAAUGUUGUGGGUCAGAGUCAUUAAAAAAAGAAGAGUGUGUUAAGGAAAAUUGCCAACCCCCUUUAUCAAGUAAUCUUGAGGUAGUUAUUAUUGGUGGUGGAAUUGCAUCACUAUCAGUAAUUAGGUGCUUAAUAGAAAAAGGGAUUCAUUCUAUAACGCUUAUUUGUAAAGAAAAACACUUUCCAUACUAUAGAACAGCUAUACCUAAAAUAUUAUUUGAUCCACCAUUCUGUAGUAAUCCACAAUUCUUCAUCGAACAAAAAAAGUUCUACCAAAAGAAUAACAUUAAUAUUCUUCUUGGUUUUACUGUAAAAUCAAUUGACUUGAAAAAGAGUAUAGUGAUUACUGAAAAAGAUUUAGUAAGACAAGAAGUUCAUUUUUCUAAACUUGUGCUUGCUGUUGGUGGUGAGCCAAACAAACCACCUUUCAUUCCGCAAUCAUAUUCUAAUGAUAUUAUACCUAUUCAUUCUGCUGCUGAUAUGGAAGCAAUAAACUCAUUAUUUGAAACAAGAAUAAUAAAACAAAUAGCUAUCAUUGGAGCAGGUCUUUCAGGAAUUGAAAUAUCAAAUGCUUUAAGAAGAAAAUCAGCAAAAGUUACUGUGACUCUUAUUGAAAUAGCAGAUAGAAUAUUACCACGUCAACUCUCAAAGACUUCAUCAAAAAUUUUUAUGGAUGUAUUACUUAAAAAUGGAAUUCAAUUAAAACUAAAUUCUCAAAUCAAAGCUAUUCUUUGUGAUGAAAGUACCAAAAUAAUUGAAUUUUCAAAUGGAGAACGUAUGGCUUGUGACUUAAUUUGUUAUUCAUGUGGUAUUAAAAGUUCAGUCCAAUUGGCACAAUCAAUUGGUUGUAAAAUUAAUCAUGGAAUCAUUGUUAAUGAAUAUAUGCAGACUAAUAUUUCAAAUGUUUUUGCAUGUGGAGAUUGUUGUGAAUUUAAUGGUCGUUGUUAUGGGAAUUGGACAGAUGCAAUGAAACAGGGAAUUGUUUGUGGUAAGGCAAUAGCAGGAGAAUUUACUAAAUAUAUAUACACACCUAUGCCAUAUUUUGUUUUUAGUUUUAUUGGAGUUUAUUCUGUAGGAAUUAUUGAAGGAGAGUCUAUACUAAAACAAAAUGGAAAUGAAGUGAUGGAAAUUUUCCUCAAGAGUGGUUGUAUUGUUGGAGGAAAUUUAUUAGGUAAAAUCAUUACUAAAGUACAAAGAGAACUUGUAACAUCAAUUGAAAGAAAAACAGAAGGUAAAGAAGCUCAAUUACUAAUAGAAAAAUGGAAAACAUAUUUUUAA